AUGUUGAAUAAUCCCGACUUGGUACGGGCUUCGGGCGUUAAACCCAACAAUAAAACGGUCCAUUUCAAAAUCUGCUGUAACAAUGUCAAUUCCUCGCCUAAUGGAAAUGGAGUAAUCAUUAAAUGCCCGAACGGAGAACGGAAAGGAUUGGAUAGAGGCAGAGAAAAACCACUGCUGAGAUCUCCAGGUCGUUGUCCUGCUUUAAAUGAACAAAGCACAUGUCCAUCGCGAGCUGCGCCGUGUUCCAGCAACUUCGAGUGUUCCAGCUCGACGGAAAAAUGCUGCGAGACGGUAUGCGGACUGAAAUGCGUCGCCAGCGAAUUGACUGGAUGCGAACAGCUCGCUUUGGCAGCCACCAGGCGGUCACGUGCUCUGGGCACACGUGGACCUUCCCAAUUCAUUCCCCAGUGCAACAAUUUCACGGGAGAGUUCGAGCGAAUCCAGUGCGAGGCCACGGAGAAAAACUGCUGGUGUGUUGAUGAAUUUGGAAGCGAGUUGCCCGGAACCAGGUCCGCGGGACGAGAGUUCGUUGAUUGCAAUAAUCCGCGGCUGUGUCAAGCGCACUCCUGCCGUAUGCUCUGUCCUCUUGGGUUUCAGAUAGACGAGGAGACCGGAUGUCCGAAGUGUGAGUGCCGUGACCCGUGUCACAACGUGACCUGUCCAGGAGUAGGACAAACAUGUGAACUAAUUGAAUCUUCUUGCGCGCGACCACCGUGUCCGCCGAUCCCCAGCUGCCGGAAAGCGAAGUCCUUGGCGACGAUCUGUCCAGCGGGAGAGCCGCUCCAGAUAACGGACUCGCCGCGGCCUUUCCUCUGCGGUGAGAGCAUCGGGAAGCCCUCCUGCCCGCCGAUGUACCGAUGCGUGGUAGAGCCGAAUCAGGAGUACGGAGUCUGCUGUCCGUCGACUCUAAACUUGGAGCGACCUGGAAAAUGCCCGCCGGAAGAGCCAGCUGUCUGUGGCCCGCCUUGUCAGCACGAUUUGGACUGCUCCGGACCGCAAAAGUGCUGUGAGAGUGACUCUUGCGGCGGAGGAGUUUGUUUGCUUCCUGUCGGGCUGAGCGCCUGCCGCAAGAACCGGAUGCUCGCCGAGAUGCUCAGCGUUUCCGAGAAGCAAGGCCGCGGGUACAUUCCUCAGUGCAACGAGGCCGGUGGAUACGAGCCAAAACAGUGCUCCAGAAACGGGUUGGUAUGCUGGUGCGUCCGCGUCGACGGUAAAAAAAUUUCCGGCACCAUGGGACCUGCUGCUGCUGUUAAUUGUAAUCAAGUUACUGAUAAAUCUAAAGGACGUGCUCUGCCCACCUCAUGCCCACUCUAUCACUGCGCUCAAGUGUGUCAGUACGGAUUUAAAGUCGAUGAAGCUGGGUGCUCUACUUGCGAGUGUGAUAAUCCUUGUGAAGGAUUUCCUUGUCCAGCAGAUCAAGAGUGUGUAUUAAACCGCGAGAACGGCUGCCCGGAUUUUCUCUGUCCCACGACGCCGGAAUGCCGGGCAAAGAAGUCGUACAAGAGUCCCUGUGUAACUGGCGCACCAUUAAGUGAUGAGGGUGGUAAUGCUGUUACUUGCACUGGUACAAACAGCACGUGUCCCUCGAGUCAUAUUUGUACCGCAGUCCCCGAAGCAGGCCAGUCUGUUUGCUGUCCAAUGCUCCACAUCCUGACUCCACCAACAAACGGCACGUGGAAGUCGCUGCAGUGUCAUGAUUCGCGCUGUGACUGCGUAAAUGAGCAGGGAGUACCUCUAAGAACAAAUAUCACCACAACAGAUGUUGACUGCGAUGAAGUACGUGCUUUGAGUAAGACAUGUGAGCCUCCGGAAUGCGAUAUACAAUGCACGUACGGCCGGGAAGUUGACGACGCGGGCUGUGAGCAGUGUCGCUGCCGAGAUCCUUGCCAAGGAGUAUCCUGCGGUCCGAGAGAAAUCUGCUCGAUGGUCGACGUGAAUUGCGGGGAAGGCCAGAGCUGCCCCCAAGUCCCUGCUUGCUUAGCUGUCAAGCAAGGCCAGUGUCCUUACCUGGUUCCUAGUUCGUCCAGCUGCGAAGUCCACUGUAGCAACGACCAGGAAUGUUCCGAUGACCGAAAAUGCUGCUCGACUGGCUGCGGAACUGCUUGUGUCGAGCCAGUAGUCGCCACUGGUUGUCAACACGCCAGAACUUUGGCUGAACACGCGGCUAGAGAGUCUGGGGAACCUGCCAGGAGGAUUUAUAUUCCGCAAUGCGAUGAGAAAGGAAGUUUUGAGUCUGUUCAAUGCCAUUUGGGAACUUGUUGGUGUGUUGAUGAAGAAGGAAGAGAAGCUGCUGGUACCAGAGUUCCAGAUGGUGCGCCGGUGACUUGUCCAACAAUAGAAUGCCACCUGGACUGUCCAGAUGGUUUAGAUUUAGAUCCAUCUGGGUGUCCGCGUUGCUCUUGCCGGGACCCGUGUAAGGCCGUAAAUUGUCGUGGAGAAAACGAAGCUUGCAGGAUGGUAGAAGUGGCCUGUAGCGCGCCACCAUGUCCCCCUGUGCCGGUCUGUCUGCCUAAAAAGGACAACCCUUGUCCCAACGGAGCUCCUCUGUUAACCCAAGAAGGUUUGCCAGCUAUCUGCGGUCCCCACGGCCAGCACUGCCCAACCACCCACAAAUGCGAGCUAUCUCCGCUUGAUGAAUACGCGGUGUGCUGCCCUAAGCCCCGGGACGUAUGUUUCGAGCCCCCGAGACUCAUCGAGUGUCCUCCGACCAGACAGAAGGGGAUGAACGAUACUGAGCGAUGGUACUUCGACCCGGAGUUGAACGAGUGCAGGAUAAAGACCGGGUGCUCGGUCGGGCACAAUGACUUCUCCAGCAAGUUGGUCUGCGAUGACGUCUGCCCGGUUUUGACGCCCUGCGAGCUCCAGAGGGAGAGAAAUCUGAAGAACUCCCAGAGACUGAAAAAAUCCGUCUUCCUGCCCAGAUGCAACGCAGACACUGGAGCCUGGGAGUCUGUACAGUGUCUCGAGCACGUGGGGGUCUGCUGGUGCGUCGACAGAAAGGGAGUACCGGUAAAAGGCUCGCUUGUACGCGGCGAAGAGCCCAAGUGCAACUUCAGACAAGCGAGAAAGGGAGGCAAAAGUUCUCUGAUUGAAAUAGAUCCGGAAAUCGCGGCGUACAUGGAAAACUCUCUGGUUAAGCUUGAUGUUGAAGAGGAGAGGAUGGAGAAGCCGGUGGCGAAAUUACUCGUAACGAGAUGCGAAGCGAUGAAAGAGCGCGUGGAGGCGGUAGAAGUAACGCUCCGUUUUCCGGGACACUUUGUAAAUGAGGACACGAAUCGGUUCACUCGGGCGACCGCGGACCUGCUGCGUGAUCUGAACGCGAGUAUUAAGGACGGAAUUGCAGUGGAGCUGGACCUGGACGCGGCGAUAAUUGGAUUCGAAAUAGUCGGAGACAACAAAGUUGAUGUGGCUUUCCAUCUCGAGGAGCUAACUCGCAGCCGUAGUUUAGCGCUGCUGGGAUCCAUUGCCGAUGCUACCACUUCAAGAUUUAUCCAUCGGCCCUUAUCUUUUGAAGCUGAAGACAAGAUAAUGGCUCUUGAACAACGGGAACUAUUCACUGACGCUGAAACUCCAAUUUAUCAGACUACUACCGUCGUUCUUGCCGCUACAAGUGCCAUUAUUAUCUGCAGUUUUAUUAUUUUAUUCGUUAUUUAUCGUAGGAAGAUGAAAGUAAGAUAUUGUACGCCGAAAGGAGAAGAAACGGAUGAGCGUUACUUGGCAUACGACAAACAACCGGUAUAUGUGAUAUCCGGUGCAGAUAAAGAUGACAAGGACAUAGAGGUUGCAAGAGAAUUAUGCGAGAGUCACUCCACCGGGAAGGAAAUUGCUCAGACAUAA